AGCAACAAAAAAUGGCGGCUCUUUCAUGGCUUGAGAAACAAACGUGGUGUCCUCGCACUUUAGACUUCAGUCUCAGAGAUUGUUAAAUCCUUUACUAUUUUUGCCAUGUAACUGGGAGAAGAGCAAGAUUACAUCACUGAAAAACAUACCGUUGACUUGGCCGUGACUGCGGUCUAGUGGUCUGUGAAUUUUGAAGAUUGAAUAUUUUGGGAACUCGGGUAAAUUUGAGGUUGCCUAGAUUACCUUAAAAUGGACGACUAUCCAGAACUAAGUAAUCUACUGGCGAUGGUUCAGCACCACGACACGCACAAGAAAAUGAUGGCGAGUGAAGAGUUAAAGAAAUAUCUGAGCAAUCCCCUGAGUCCUCUCACGGUUGAUGCGAUAGAUUGUUUAGUUGAUAACUUGAAAACUUGGAUAAACAGUGGGAACUACAAGAUAAGUGCAAGUGGAUUAGAAUUAUUCACCAUACUCAUAAGAAGGGGAGGCAAAUCUGUCAAAUUGCACUUAGGCACAGUUAUCCCAAUAAUCAUAGACCGUCUGGGAGACAGUAAAACUGUGGUCAGAGAGAACUCUCGUUUGUUUCUUCAAGAAUUAAUGGAUGCGCUAACACCACAGGUUGUACUUGAUAUGUUAAUUCCAGGAUUCUCUCACAAAGGAUUUAAAGUUCGUGAAGAAGUAAUGAAAUGCCUAAUUGAUGCAAUCAAUACGUUUGGUGUUUCAAAUUUGUCUGUCUCAAAGUUUACACCGCACAUUUGCAAAUUGUUAGGCGAUGCUAACAGUCAGGUUCGAGAUACAUCUAUCCGUACGUUAGUUGAGAUCUACCGUCAUGUUGGGGAAAAGGUUAGAAUUGAUUUGGGCAAAAGAGGAAUUCCGCCUACAAGGCUGUCUCUAAUCAACGCAAAGUUCGACGAAGUGGCUAAAUCUGGAACUAUGGUUGCAACAUCUAUUGACGGUCCAGUUAAAGUGAAUGGAGAGGUAUCUGAACCUGUUAAGACGCGGACGGGCAAUUCGAGUUUAAAAAGAUCAAAUUCGAGAAACGAACCUCGGAGUGAAGGAUCUUCAACGUCAGGACUUGCUGCUGGUGCUGUUGAUGAAAAUUAUUUUAUUCGAGCGUACACUGACACUCCAACCGUUCAGAUUGGUUCAGCGAAAGAACUGGCUGAAGAACUGACGAAAAUUUCAAAUGCUUUAUCAAGUCCCUCGGAUGAUUGGGAGGAUCAUGUCGCCGCACUAAAAAGAGUACGAAGUUUAGUUGAUGGAGGCUCGCUGGAUUACGAUUUUGUCACCCAGUUAAAACCGUUGGAAGGUUCUUUCAACGUUGCCGUAAAAUCACUUCGAUCCGCUGUAGCGCGAGAAGCGUGUGUUACUCUAAGUUAUCUUGCCACAAAACUUGGUAAUAAGUUUGGUCCUUUGGCCGAUGGUGUUCUUCCGACAAUAAUCGACCUGAAUGCCAACACAGCAACAAAGAUCAUGGCUUCGUCGGGGGACACAUGCGCGAGAAUAGUUAUCAAGAACACUCAUUUCCCGCGACUGAUUCCUCACAUCACAACCCGAAUGACAUCACGAUCAACACCUGUUCGAAUUCGUUGUGCAGAUUACGUAUCGUUGCUGUUGGAGUACUGGGAACUACAUUAUUUAAAAUCUCAUGUCGGCGAAAUCGAGAAUGUAGUUCGCAAUGGCUUAAGCGAUGCCAGCUCAGACGUGCGUGCGAUGAUUAGAAGGGCAUUUUGGCAGUUCUCAAAACUCUUUAAAGAAAAGGCAGAUAAAAUGUUUAAUGAUUUGGACAGCAGUAAGCAGAAAUUACUAGAGGGUGACAAGAAAUCUUUAAAUGUUGAUGGUCCCAGCAGUGCCCCACCAACAAAAACUGUAAGAUCUUCUAAAGCUUCGACACGUACAAGACCACCAUCCACUACGUCUUCUAUCUCUAGUGCAUCAAGUAGUUCCCUCCCAUCAUCAAGACCAUCCCGAACGGAUGUACCAAGUAACAAUAAACCUACCAGAGCGAAUUCCAUGAGAGAAGAAUCACGACAUACGGCAGCAGCCUCGCCUGGACGACGCGCAUUAUCGACCAAAAAAUCGGGUACAACUACCCCUAACAAAAUGAUCGGUCGUUCAGUGAGCAACAUAGACACACGUGCCGCUGAACGUGCUCGCCUCCGCAGGAGAUCACAGACUGAGGGCUUAGCACAAGCAAGAAAUCAAACAAAUGACGCGAGACAAAGACCAAGUAGAUCGGCGACGAAAGUUGUUCAUCGAGGAUACAUGUCACAGCCCGCAAGUCGUUCGACUUCACCAUCGCGACUAAACAAUGCCUUCUCACCAAAAGAAAGAUCAGAAGUUUACUCCAAAAUUUACAGUCCAAUGAAAUCGAAAAUCCCGACACCAAAUUCACGGUCUGCAUCUCGAUCAAGUUCUCGUGCAAGCAGUCGCGAUCCCAGUCCCACUCGGGAGCAUGGUUUGCGAAGUUUCAGCAGCAGCAGUCUUAAUGCAAGAAAACCAACACAUGUGAGGAGACUAGACACGAAGGACUUCACAGAAGCUGCUGUUUGGGAUGCAUUUGCGUCCAAAAGUUCGAGACCUCGAAAUUACUCUUUCAACUCAACAACUUCUGAAGACCAGGAUGAUGGUAGCGACACUUCAAGUAUUCAUUCUGAUCGCUCAAAUUCCUCCUUAUCAACGACAUUGGAAAUAUCUGAAAUAACCCGACUCUGUCAGAGUAAUGCCUGGUCAGAGCGACGUGAUGCACUUAAUGCGAUACAGGCAUACCUCAGAAGCUCUCGAAUUCUUAGCCACACAGAAAUUGUACAAUUCUUGGAAUGUUUCAACAGAUUUUUCUACGAUCCUCAUAAUAAGGUGUAUAGUGCGUUCUUGGACACACUUACAGAUUUCAUGGUAAUUCACAAAGCUGAUCUAAAUGAGUGGCUCUUCAUCUUGCUGACGAGGCUUCUUUGUAAACUUGGUGGAGACUUGCUUGCAUCUGUUCAUUCCAAGGUUGUACGUGUCUUGGAUGUCGUGAGAGAUUCUUUUCCAUACGACAUUCAAUUCUCAGUUAUGACGAGGUUUAUUUCUGAUAACAAACAAAUUCCGAACGCGAAGGUGAAAGUCGCAAUUUUGCAAUACUUACAAGGCUUAAUUGCGCGAAUGGACCCCGCAGAUUUUGUAAAUUCAGCUGAAACACGACUAACAGUUUCUCGAUUCAUAACGUGGAACUCAGAUCCAAAGAGCGCAGAGGUUCGAAAGGAGUCGGCUAAUGUUGUUAUCGCUUUGUUUGAAUUAAAUACGCCAAUCUUCAGCUCAAUGCUACCACACUUUCCGAAGUCGUUUCACGAUGGUGCUUCUAAACUUAUUCGUAAUCACUUGAAGAAAGUAAACAAAGACGCUAAGUUGUUUACGUCGAACUCCUUAGACGAGGUGGAUAACCCACCACACUCCCCCGGGAGGCUUGGUUACCGUAGCAUUCCCCCUAUUGUUCAAAAACAGUCAAACCGAGAGGAUGAACUCGCACACGAUUCCGCGUUACACGACGCCGCGGGUGAUGACUCUGCACCUGAUGUUUUCCUUCGGGAAAACAGCGCCACGUCGCUACAUUCAAACGACAGUUUUGACUCCCUCGAAGGCGUGAAAAGGAAUCUUAACAAUCACGCCGAAAAUUCACCAAGUAUUACAUCUUCCGGUUACCAUAGCGAUGAAAUUCACACUAACGAGGCAGUAACUGUCAAUGGCAAUACCAGCCCGCCUCGAGUUUCAGGAGUGUCGACGUUGUCUUCCAGCCCAUCCCACCCAGCACAUAAUGUAUCAACAUAUGACGCAACCCGUUAUCAGGAUAAGGCAACGCCCGAGGAAGUAACCUCUGGUGAACCAACGUUACCAUCGGAAUCUCCUGUGAAUGGCAUCGGUACCGUACGUGAUAGCGUUGCGACCGUACCAACGAAUGAAUCGUCCGAUACUUUUAAUAAAGCGAUCCAAGAUGAUGCAGAAUCCAUUCAUCAGUUAUUGCUUUUACUUUCUGAUACGAGUAUUGAAGUGAAGCAGAAUGCUUUAACAGAUCUCAUGAAGCUCGCAAGAGAAUCAUCACCAAGCCUUUGGGAGAAUCAGUUCAAAGAUAUUUUGAUGUCUGUUGUUGAGAAAAUGAAAGAUCCCGAGGCGUCAAUUAGAACACUGGCUGUACGAGUUGUACGAGAUAUGGUUAAGGCUCAGCCGUAUAGUUUUAAUGAACUGAAUGGUCUUGUGAUAUCAGAGGUAUUGAAUCUACAUCAAGAUGAAGACAAAGGGGUAACUCGUGCUGCUGAGGAAGCAGCAGCUACCUUUUCUAAAUCGAUAAGUCCAGAUGAAUGUAUGACGGUGUUGUCACCCUUGAUCAGCGGGAGUUCCUAUCCUGUGAACCUCGCCGGAAUUAAGAUGCUUACCAAGGCUCUUGAAGAUGUUGACCAUACAACAGUAGAGAUUAAUUUGCCUCUACUAGUACCUCCUUUGCUAAAGUGCUAUGAUCAUUCGGAAAGCAGCGUUCGAAAAGCAAGUGUAUUUAGUCUGGUUGCAAUUCAUAAUAUUGUUGGUGAACCUGUCAUUCGCCCAUAUCUACAAGAAUUACCAGCAACUAAAAUGAAACUAUUAAAUUUGUAUAUAAAACGGUCCCAUAGCGGUGCUGGUAGUGAAUCAUGAGGACAAAACAACAACACAAUUGAUGAAUGCUCAAGGAGAGUAUAAUACCAUCACCAAGUGCAACCAAGGACAUAUCAUCCCAAUACGAUGUACUACGGAUGAAUAGGAAUAUAGUUUCAUCGGGAAACAACUUCUAUGUGAUAUAGCUAUGAUGCAUGGCAAUGCUAGUGCUGUGUCUAUAGAGACAUCAACUCUGGUACAUUUAAAAAUUAGAAGAACGUUAUCUAUAAUAAAGUUUACUCUCAAAUUAAACAGGAACCACUUCUGAAUGGUAGUUAUUAUACCUAUAAUGCUAUAAUUGCGGCGCUUCUAAUACUAUAAUAUAUAUGUUUGCAUGGCAAAACAAUUUUAUUGUCGAGAAGGUGCAUGUCUGUAUGUAAGGCAUGGUUCACAAGAUAUAAUAGAUUGGCCUGUAUGAGAAAAAUAUUAUUUCAUGCGAACCAUGCAGGUCUAUAAAAAUAGCUGUCUGUAUGAGCCGGGCUAACCCAAAUAACCAAGCUGAUUUAUGUUAGUAGAAUCUUACCUUAGCCGCAACAGGUGUCAGGUAAUAUUUUACUAGUAACUAUAUAACGUAAUUGGUGUUAGCCGGGCGUCGCCAGCUCAUGUGAGUAUUCCUAUGACUACAAGGAUGCAUAAAGAAAGAGCAAUUAAAUCUCUUUCACUAAACAGAAUCAGGAUUUGAAAGAAGGAAUUUUAUCACGAAGUCCUCAGCAUUCGAUGUACAGAAAAAAUUUAAAAAUAACGUUCCUCGUUUUCUCC